CAAAAAGAGCUCGAUGAGUGUCUCACCUCAGUGAUGCCGGAAGGGAGCUUAGGCAUGAUCAAGAUAUUGGUUCGACAUGGGUCUAAGCUCACGAUAUUCUCUUUCUUCAAAGCUAUCAGAAGAGAAGAGCCGGCUGUGUUUCAACUGCUUAUCGAUCAUGGCUGGAACAUUGAUUCCACCGAAUUUGAAGUCACUGCUGUACACGCCGCACUUCGCCAUGACAAGUUACUUCGUUGGCUUCUCGAACAUGGUGCAAACCCCAACAUCAUGUCAACACGGAGCCGUGGUUCAUGUGCAGAACGCCGCACACCACUAGUAGCAGCGGCACGUAUGUCUGAUGCGACGCCGCUCGAGAUUCUUCUUUCGUAUGGUACCAAACUGGACCCCAUGGUUAUUUUCAGUGCCAUUUGGGUGAGGCGAUACGAAAACGGCGUCGCGACUAUGGCUGCCCUUCUUGCUCAUGGGGUAGACGUCAACUAUAUGUCAGAGAGAUUGGGUACGCCGCUGUUGUACGCUGUUCAUAGGCUCAGGAAAGAAAAGGUCAGCUUCCUUAUGGCAAACGGCGCAGAUCCAACUAUUCCCUGCCCGGCAUCCGGGCUUACAGCAAUAGAAUUCGCAAAGAAACGGGGACUCGUGGAGAUAUUGGACAUUUUAGAG